AUGAACAUAGUCCAAAAGGGUUUUGUGGGCUGUCUCAAGGAUGUGUAUUUUAUGAAGAAUUAUAAUCCCUCUGCUACUUGGGAGCCUCUGGUUUGGCAGAGUUCUGAAGAGCAAAUCAAUGUGUAUAACGACUGGGAGGGGUGCCCCACUUCAUUACAAGAGGGAGCCCAGUUCCUAGGAGCAGGGUUCCUGGAACUUUAUCCAUACACGUUUCGUGGUGGAAUGGACUUUGAGAUUUCCCUUAAGUUCAGAACUGACCAAUUGAAUGGAUUGCUUCUUUUCGUUUACAACAAGGAUGGACCUGAUUUUCUUGCUAUGGAACUGAAGAGUGGAAUAUUGAGCAUCCGGUUAAAUACCAGUCUUACCUUUGCACAAGUGCAUCUGUGGCUGGGGCUGUCCUAUUGUGAUGGAAAGUGGAACAAAGUGAUGAUUAAAAGAAAAGGUUCUGUCAUAUCAGCGAGCAUGAAUGAGCUGAUGGAGCAUGUGUUAGAGCCCAGAGCCCUGCCACUGAUGGUGAAUUCCCCGGUUUAUGUGGGAGGAACCCCACAGGAGCUGCAGGACUUUUACCAACACCUGCAUCUGGAAGAAGGUUUCGGUGGUUGCAUGAAGGAUGUUAAAUUUGCACGGGGCGCUGUCGUUAACUUGGCAUCUAUGUCCAGCAGUGCUGUCAGAGUCAAUCUGGAUGGAUGCCUAUCAACUGACAGCGCUGUUAACUGCAGGGGAAAUGACUCCAUCCUGGUUUACCGGGGAAAAGAGCGGAAUGUCGACGAGAGUGGCCUCCAGCCUUUCACAGAAUACCUGUAUCGAGUAAUAGCCUCGCACGAAGGAGGUUCAGUGUCUAGUGACUGGCGUCGGGGACGGACAGCAGCAGCAGCCCCACAAAGUGUGCCAACUCCCUCAAGAGUCCGCAGCAUAAACGGAUAUAGCAUCGAGGUGACCUGGGAUGAACCUGCCACGGCCAGAGGUGUCAUUGAGAAGUACGUUCUGAGAGCCUACAGCGAGGAGGAUCCCCGGGAGCCCCGCGUGCCUUCCGCCAGCUCCGAGUCUGCCAAUCCCAGCACCUUCACAGGCAUAUUGACGGGCCUGCUGCCCUCCAAAUGCUACUCAGUCACCCUCGCUGCUUGCACUCUGACUGGCUGUACUGAGAGCUCACAGGCGCUGAACAUCUCUACUCCCCAAGAAGCCCCACAAGAGGUUCAGCCACCAGUAGCUAAAUCCUUUCCCAAUUCUUUGUUACUCUCCUGGAAUCCACCCAAGAAAGCAAAUGGUAUUAUAACUCAGUACUCUUUAUAUAUGGAUGGGAUGCUAAUCUAUUCAGGGGAUGCAGAGAACUACACAGUCACAGAUUUAGUGGCAUUUACGCCCCACCAGUUUGUACUCAGUGCUUGCACACCCGUGGGAUGUACCAACAGUUCCCUAGUCAUUCUGUACACGGCACAGCUGCCACCGGAACACGUGGAUUCCCCAAUGCUGACCGUCCUGGAUUCUAGAACUAUAUACGUACAGUGGAAACAGCCAAGAAAAGUAAAUGGAAUUCUGGAGCGCUAUGUGUUAUAUAUUUCAAAUCACACGCAUGAUUUUACAGUUUGGGAUGUCAUCUACAACAGUACGGAACUUUUUCAGGAUCAUGUGCUCCAACACCUUCUCCCUGGUAGUAAAUAUCUCAUCAAGCUGGGAGCUUGCACGGGGGGCGGGUGCACAGUGAGUGAGGCCAGCCAGGCCCUGACAGAGGAGAGGGCCCCGGAAGGCGUGCCCGCCCCCAGAGUGCACUCCCAUUCACCUCACUCCUUUAACAUCUCCUGGACUGAGCCUGACUAUCCGAAUGGUGUUAUCACAAGUUAUGGACUGUAUCUAGAUGGUGUAUUAAUCCACAAUUCCUCAGAACUCAGCUGUCAAGCUUACGGAUUUGCUCCUUGGAGCUUACAUUCCUUCCGAGUCCAAGCCUGCACUGCCAAAGGUUGUGCUCUGGGCCCGCUGGUGGAAAAUCGAACUCAAGAAGCUCUUCCUGAAGGAACAGUAAAUGUGUUUGUCAAAACAGAGGGAUCCCGGAAAGCCCAUGUGAGGUGGGAGGCACCUUUCCACCCUAAUGGACGCUUAAUGUACUCAGUCCUUUUUACUGGAACUUUCUAUGCUGACCAAGCAGGUGAUAACUAUACUCUUCUGAACGGCACGCAAAUCAUGCACAGCAGUGAAGAGACCAACCUGUGGGUGCCCAUUGAUGGACUGGUUCCUUUUACUAACUAUAGUGUACAAGUGAAUGCGUCAAAUAGCCAAGGCAGCUUGAUAAGUGACCCUGUAAUGAUUGCAAUGCCGCCAGGAGCUCCAGAUGGCGUGCUGCCUCCGAGGCUUUCAUCUGCCACUCCAACCAGUCUUCAGGUUGUCUGGUCUACACCAGCUCGUCACAGCGCUCCCGGCUCUCCCAGAUACCAGCUCCAGAUGAGGCCUGGCGGCUCUAGCCGUGGGCUUCAAGAAUUAUUUUCCAAUCCUUCUGCAUCGUUAAGCUACGAAGUGAGAGAUCUCCAACCGUACACGGAGUAUGAAUUUCGGGUGGUUGCUUCCAAUGGAUUUGGCAGUGCUCAUAGCUCUUGGAUUCCAUUCAUGACUGCCGAGGACAAACCUGGACCCAUAGACCCUCCGAUUCUUCUGGAUGUGAAGUCAAGAAUGGUGUUGGUCACCUGGCAGCAUCCUUUAAAGUGCAACGGGGUCAUUACCCAUUACAACAUCUUCCAACAUGGCCACUUCUGCUUGAAAACUUCUGGAAAUGUCACUAAUUGCACAGUGACCCACUUACGCCCGUACACUGCCUAUAAGUUUCAGGUAGAAGCUUGCACUUCCAAAGGGUGUUCCCUCUCACCAGAGUCCCAGGCUGUGUGGACACUCCCCGAUGCACCAGAAGGUAUCCCAAGUCCAGAGCUGUUCUCCGAUACCCCAACAUCCGUGAUUCUAUCUUGGCAACCCCCUACCCAUCCCAAUGGCCUGGUGGAGAACUUCACAAUUGAGAGAAGAGUCCAAGGGGAAGAAGAGGUUACUGCCCUGGUGACUCUCCCAAGAAGCCAUCCCAUGAGGUUCAUCGACAAGACGUCUGCUCUUAGCCCGUGGACAAACUAUGAAUACCGCAUACUGAUGAGCACUCUUAAUGGAGGUACAAACAGCAGUGCUUGGGGACAAGUGACCACGAGACCCUCACGGCCCGCUGGGGUGCAGCCCCCUGUGGUGGAUGUGCUAGGACCCGACGCAGCCAAGGUCACUUGGAAGCCCCCACUUAUGCAGAAUGGAGACAUACUCAGCUACGAGAUUCGCAUGCCUGAGCCUCACGUCACAAUAGCCAAUGUUACUUCCUCCUCAUUGAGUCAAGUCAUUCCUCAUCUGAUUCCGUUCACUAACUAUUCUGUUACCAUUGUGGCUUGCUCAGGGGGCAGUGGGUAUCUAGGAGGGUGCACAGAGAGUUUACCCACCCAUGUGACCACCCAUCCCAGCCUCCCCCAGGAUCUUAGCCCGUUGUCAGCAAUUCCGCUGAGUGAAUCACAUGUUGGGAUUUCUUGGCAGCCACCAUCCAGGCCAAAUGGACCCAAUUUGAGAUACGAGCUUCUGAGACGUAAAAUCCAGCAACCACUUGCAUCAAAUCCCCCAGAAGAUUUAAAUCUGUGGCACAAUAUUUAUUCAGGAACUCAGUGGUUUUAUGAAGAUAAGGGUCUUAGCAGGUUUACAACAUAUGAGUAUAAGCUCUUUGUACACAAUAGCAUGGGUUUUACGCCAAGUCAAGAAGCGACUGUGACAACGCUGGCUGGUCGUCCAGAGAGAGAAGCCAAUGUCACCGCGGUUGUUCUUAACCACACGGCCAUAGACGUGAAAUGGGCUAAGCCAACUUUUCAAGACCUACAAGGUGAUGUUGAAUAUUAUACACUUUUUUGGAGUUCGGCUACCUCAAAUGAAUCUCUAAAAAUCCUCCCAGAUGUAAACUCUCAUGUCAUUGGCCAUUUAAUUCCAAACACCGAGUAUCGGAUUUUUCUCUCUGUUUUCAACGGCGUCCACAGCAUCAGCAGUGAAGUCCUGCGUGUGACCACUUGCGAUGGGGAGCCUCAGGGCAUGCUCCCUCCAGAGGUUGUCAUCAUCAACAGUACAGCUGUACGUGUCAUCUGGACAGCUCCUUCAAACCCAAAUGGUGUUGUCACUGAAUAUUCUGUCUAUGUAAAUAAUAAGCUGCACAAGACUGGAAUAAAUGUGCCCGGAUCUUUCCUUCUGCGAGACCUGUCUCCCUUCACUAUCUAUGACAUUCAGGUUGCAGUCUGCACAAAAUAUGCCUGUGUGAAAAGCAAUGGAACCCAGAUCACCACUGUGGAAGAUACUCCAAGUGAUCUACCAACUCCCACAAUCCGUAACAUCACUUCAAGAUCCCUUCAGAUUGAUUGGAUGUCUCCAGGGAAGCCAAAUGGCAUCAUACUCGGAUAUGAUCUCUUACGGAAAACUUGGCAUUCAUGCCCUAAAGCCCAGAAGUUAAUGAAGGACCACGGUGCUGAGCUCUGCAAGGCAAUGAAAUGUCAAAAGCCCGAAACUAUCUGUGGACACAGGUGCUACUCCCCUGAGGCUAAGGUUUGCUGUAACGGCGCUCUCUACGACCCCCAGCCCGGACACCGCUGUUGUGAAGAGAAGUACGUUGCAUUUCUUUUGAAUUCAACGGGAGUGUGUUGCGGUGGCCGCAUACGGGAGGCACAGCCCAGUCAUCAGUGCUGCUCGGGGUAUUACGUCAGGAUUCUGCCAGGUGAAGUAUGCUGUCCAGAUGAACAGCACAAUCGGGUUUCCACGGGCAUCGGUGACUCCUGCUGUGGCAGAAUGCCGUAUUCCACCUCAGGAAACCAGAUUUGCUGUGCUGGGAGGCUCCAUGACAGCCACGGCCAGCAGUGCUGUGGUGGACAGAUCGUGAGCAAGGAUUUGGAGUGCUGUGGCGGAGAGGAAGAGGGUGUGGUGCACAGUCGCCGUCCAGGGAUGUUCUGUUGCGGGCAGGAUUAUGUGAAUAUGUCAGAUACCAUAUGCUGUUCAGCUUCCAGUGGAGAGUCUAAAGCACAUGUUAAAAAGAAUGACCCAGUGCCAGUAAAAUGCUGUGAGACUGAACUUAUUCCAAAGAGCCAGAGAUGCUGUAAUGGAGUUGGAUAUAAUCCUUUGAAAUAUGUUUGCUCUGACAAGAUUUCAACUGGAAUGAUGAUGAAGGAAACCAAAGCAUGCGGGACCAUCUGCCCAGCAUCCAUGGAAGCCACAGCCCACUGCGGCAGGUGCGACUUCAACUCUACCAGCCACGUUUGUGCUGUGAUAAGAGGGUCUCACAAUUCCAUCAGGAGGGAAUCAAUCGAAGACAUAUGCUCAUCGGCUGAAGAGACUGUUCAUACAGGAAGUGUCAACAAACUCUCCUUCACAGAUGUAAACCUGGAGCCCUACACGACAUAUGAGUAUAGGAUUUCUGCUUGGAAUAGCUAUGGGCGAGGAUUCAGCGAGGCCAUUAGAGCCAGAACAAAAGAAGACACUCCUCAGGGAGUGAGUCCCCCCAGGUGGACCAAAAUGGAUCAUCUUGAUGACGUAAUAGUCUUAAACUGGAAGAAACCUAUACAAUCAAAUGGUCCUAUUAUUCACUACAUUAUUCUCCGAAAUGGAAUUGAACGUUUUCAAGGAACAUCACUGAGCUUCUCUGAUAUGAAAGGAAUUCAGCCUUUUCAAGAAUAUUCAUACCAGCUGAAAGCUUGCACGAUUUCUGGCUGUGCCACCAGCAGCGAGGUAGUUGCAGCUAUGACCCAAGGAGUUCCGCAGAGCAUCCCUGCGCCAAGAAUCAUGGCCCCCAGUGCAGAGGCCCUGCAUAUGAGCUGGGAUGUCCCUCCGAAGCCAAAUGGCGUCAUUAAAGAGUACCAGCUCAGGCAGGUUGGGAAAGGUCUCAUCUACACUGACACCACUGACAGGAGGCAGCAUACGGUCACAGGUCUCCAGCCAUACACCAACUACAGCUUCACACUUGCAGCUUGUACAUCUGCUGGGUGCACAUCGAGUGAGCCUUUUCUAGGUCAGACACUGCAGGCAGCCCCUCAAGGAGUUUGGGUGACACCUCGACAUGUUAUCAUCAAUCCUACGACAGUGGAAUUAUAUUGGAGUCCGCCAGAAAAGCCCAAUGGUCUCAUUUCUCAGUAUCAGUUGCGUCGUAACGGAACCUUGGUUUUCCUGGGUGGCAGUGAGGAGCAGAAUUUCACGGAUAAAAACCUGGAGUCCAACAGCAGAUACAUUUAUAAGUUGGAAGCCACAACUGGAGGUGGCAGCAGUGCUAGUGAUGGGUACAUUGUUCAUACACCUACGUGGACUCCAGAAGAAAUCCAGCCUCCGUAUAAUGUCACAGCAGUUGGGCCUUAUUCCAUAUUUGUAGCUUGGACCCCACCAGGGAUCCUCAUCCCCCAAAUGCCUGUGGAGUACAAUGUCUUACUCGAUGCUGGAAGUGUAGCGCCUCUGACCUCCUCUGUUGGUCAUCAUCUAUCUGUCCUUGUGGAAAAUUUGGCUCCAUUCACACAGUAUGAGAUAAGGAUACAAGCAUGUCAAAAUGGUUGUGGAGUUAGCAGUAGGAUGUUUGUCACCACAUCUGAAGCAGCCCCCAUGGAUCUAAAUUCCCCAAUUCUUAAGCCACUGGGGUCAGCUUGCAUUGAAGUUAAGUGGACGCCACCUAAAAAGCCAAAUGGAGUCAUCAUCAACUACUUUAUUCACAGACGUCCUGCUGGCACUGAAGAGGAAUCCCUUUUAUUUGUCUGGUCAGAAGGAGCCCUUGAAUUUACUGACGAUGCAGAUAGUCUGAGGCCUUUCACACUCUAUGAAUAUCGGGUCAGAGCCCACAACUCCAGGGGCUCCGUGGAGAGUCUGUGGUCAUCUGCACGGACGCUGGAAGCCCCACCUCAAGAUCUGCCUGCACCCUGGGCUCAGGCCACCGGUGCUCAUUCAGUUCUGCUGAACUGGACGAAGCCAGCAUCUGCCAAUGGUAUUAUCUCCCGGUACCGUGUGGUCUACCAAGAGAUAUCUGAUGAUCCGACACUGAACUUCCCUGCUGUGCAUGCGUUCACAGUGAUGGGAACAAGCCAUCAAGCCCAGCUGUUUGGGUUGGAACCCUUCAAACCAUAUCACGUGGGUGUUGUGGCCACAAACCAGGCAGGAGAAGUUUCAAGCCCCUGGACUCUGGUUCACACCCUAGAAUCUUCCCCAAGUGGACUGAGCAACUUCACAGUACAGCAGAAGGAGAACGGGCGGGCCUUGCUUCUGCAGUGGUCGGAACCUGCCAGAACCAAUGGCGUGAUUAAGACAUACAGUGUCUUCAGCGAUGGCGUCCUGGAGUACGCGGGCCUGAGGCGUCAGUUUCUCUUCCGGCGCCUGGACCCCUUCACCCUCUACACACUGACCCUGGAGGCCUGCACCAGGGCCGGCUGUGCGCACUCUGCACCCCAGCCCCUGUGGACGGAGGAAGCGGCUCCCCAGUCUCAGCUGCCUCCCACCAUCCAGUCUGUGGGGUCCACCAGCGUUGAGCUGAGCUGGUCAGAGCCUGUGAACCCAAAUGGAAAGAUCAUUCGCUACGAAGUGAUGCGCAGAUGCUUUGAGGGAAAUGCUUGGGGAAAUCAGACAAUCCAGGCCGAUGAGAAAAUUGUUUUCACAGAAUAUAAUACCGAGAGGAAAAUGUUUCUGUACAACGACACAGGUCUGCAGCCAUGGGUGCACUGUGAAUAUAAAAUCCACACUUGGAAUUCAGCCGGCCAGACCUGCAGCUCUUGGAGUGCAGUGAAGACAAGGCAGGCCCCUCCAGAGGGCCUCCCUCCACCUGAGAUAGCCCAGGUAUCUGUAAGCCCCCCCAAACUGCUGAUUUCCUGGGUGCCCCCAGAGAAGCCGAAUGGCAUCAUCCAGUCCUAUAAGCUUCGCAGGGACGGGGUGCUCUAUCCCUUCAGCUUUGAUGCCAUGACUUUCAGUUACACUGAUGAAGAGCUGCUCCCUUUCUCCUUGUACAGUUACGCCAUCACAGCCUGCUCCAGGGGAGGCUGCUCCACCAGCAGGCCCAGCAGCGUCACAACCCUUGAGGCUGCCCCUGCAGGGGUCAGCCCUCCAGCCCUCUGGACCAUCAGUGCCACUCAAAUAAAUGUAUCUUGGUCGCCACCAUCCAUUCAAAAUGGAGAGAUCACUAAAUAUUUACUUCGAUUUGAUGGUGAGGAGUACCUGGCUGGACAGAGCCUGUCCCUGCUGGUCUCCCACCUGCAGCCCUACACACAGUAUAAUUUCUCCCUGGUGGCCUGUACCAACGGAGGCUGCACAGCCAGCGCAGCAAACUCCGCCUGGACGAUGGAGGCUGCACCACAGAACAUGGACCCGCCGAAACUGCAGGUCACAGGCUCAGAGUCAAUAGAAAUCACCUGGAAACCGCCGAGAACCCCCAACGGCCAGAUCAGAAGUUAUGAACUUAGGAGGGAUGGAGCCCUUUUGUAUACCGGCCUGGAAACUCGCUAUCAUGACUUCACUCUCACCCCAGGCGUGGAGUAUGGCUACACGGUCAUGGCCAUCAACAGCCAAGGGGGUGUUUUGAGUCCACUUGUCAAAGAUCGGACCAGCCCCUCUGCACCUUCAGGGAUGGAACCUCCAAAUUUGCAGGCCAAGGGCCCCCAGGAGAUCUUAGUGACCUGGGACCCUCCAGUCAGGACAAAUGGUCAUAUCGUCAACUAUACCUCCUUUAUCCGUGAGCUGUUUGAACGAGAAACAAAAGCCAUACACAUAAACACAACUCAUAAUUCUUUUGGCACACGGUCGUUGACGGUAAACCAGCUGAAGCCGUUUCACAGGUAUGAAGUUCGAAUUCAAGCCUGUACCAGGCUGGGAUGUGGGUCAAGUGACUGGACAUCUAUCCAGACCCCUGAGACUGCACCUCAGAAGCAGCCCUCUCCACACCUAGAGGUGCAGAUGGCUCCAGGGGGCUUCCAGCCCACGGUUUCCCUUUUGUGGACAGAACCUCUCCAGCCAAAUGGAAAAGUUUUAUAUUACGAAUUGUAUAGAAGACAAGUAGCAACUCAGACUGGAAAAUCAAGUCCAGUGCUAACCUAUAAUGGAAGCUUGACCUCUUUUAAGGAUGCUGAACUACUGCCUUUCACAGAGUAUGAGUACCAGGUCUGGGCUGUGAAUUCAGCAGGAAAAGCCCCCAGCCGCUGGACGCGGUGUAGAACCGGGCCUGCCCCGCCAGAAGGUCUCGGGGCCCCCAAGUUCCAUGCCGUCUCUCCCACCCACGCAGUGGCCGACAUCAGUGCCCCCCGGAAGCCCAACGGGAUCGUCAGUCUCUACAGACUGUUCUCCAGCGACACCAGCGGGGCCCAGACAGUGCUGUCUGAAGGCACGGCCGCCCAGCAGACUCUUCACGGCCUGCAGCCCUUCACGACGUACUCCAUCGGGGUGGAGGCCUGCACCUGCUUCAACUGUUGCAGCAAAGGGCCAACAGCUGAGCUGAGAACGCCUCCGGCUCCGCCUGCAGGACUGUCCUCUCCCCAGAUCCAGAUGCUGGCCUCGAGAACAGCCUCCUUCCAGUGGAGUCCCCCCCAGUUCCCCAAUGGUGUCAUUCAAAGCUACGAGCUCCAGCUCCACACGGCCUGCCCCCCGGAUUCGGCCACCCCCUGCACUCCCAGCCGAGCAGAGACAAAGCACACGGGGCCCGGGCAGAGGGCCAGCGUCGGGGGCCUCCAGCCCUACACCAGCUACCAGCUGAGGCUGGUGGCCCACAACGAGGCGGGCAGCACGGCCUCUGAAUGGACCAGCUUCGUGACCCAGAAAGAACGUGAGUAGA